AUGGCGCAGAGGUCGGUGCCGGCGCCGUUUCUGACGAAGACUUACAAUCUGGUCGACGAUCGGGGGAGUGACGACGUCGUUUCGUGGAACGAGACCGGCACGGCGUUUGUGGUCUGGAAGACGGCGGAGUUUGCAAAGGAUUUGCUGCCGAAUUAUUUCAAGCACAACAAUUUCUCCAGCUUUGUUCGUCAGCUCAAUACCUAUGGUUUUCGCAAAACCGUACCCGACAAAUGGGAAUUCGCGAACGAGAACUUCAAACGAGGGCAGAAGGAUCUCCUCGUCCACAUCCGUCGUCGGAAAGCCGCUCCCUCGACGACUAAGACCGUCGCCGCCGCCAGUAACCUCGCUUCGCCGGCGAACUCUGGCGAGGAUCUUGGAUCGAGCUCCACCUCAUCCCAUGAUUCCAAAAACCCCAGCUCGGCCGAGACCCAGGCCUCGGCCCAGCUGGCCGAUUUAUCUGGCGAGAACGAGAAACUGAGGAAGGACAAUCAAAUCCUGAGCUUUGAACUCGCCCACGCCAAAAGGAAGUGCGACGAGUUGAUAGCUUUACUCACACGGUGCGUCAAGGUGGCGCCGGAGCAUAUCACCCGCAUCAUGUCCGGUGGAGAUGAUGAUGAGCUGGCUGAUAGCUGUGGAAACAUUGACUGUGAUGACAAUGGCGAAGACGAGAAUUGUAUGAAGUUGUUUGGGGUGGUGGUGAAGAAGAAGAGGGGUUGUAGUGAGAAUAACGAGUUUUCUGGGCCUCAAAAGAAAGAAAUGAAAAGGAGCCUCGAUGUUAGUGUGCCAUGGAUGAAGAUAUCCCCGUCAACUGGCGAGUGCAGUAAGGUUUGUAACUGA